AUGGUUGUUGCCGCUGGUGGUGUUAGCGAUGCUGGUGCGAAGGAAGGGCUUAGGCGGAUGCAAAACACCCCAGUCUCGGCAACGACUUGGCCAAACAGAAAACAGCCGCAGGAAACCGCUCAGCGGGAAGAGACCACUGGUGGGGAAAGUGGGGAAUACAAAACAAAUGUUUGUCACAGGCUUUCUCCGCUUAAGCAGCACUAUAAGCGCCGGUGGUAUCAGCGCACAGCUUCCUCUGCGACCGCGUCCAACAAGGGCAAAGGUUUGAGUGGUUCAUCCCCGUCGGAUCCUGUUACAUCCACUUUGAGGGGAAGUUCCUCAGCCAGCGUAAGUAAAUCUAAGGAGGGGCACUUGUAUGCGUCACAGCCGCUUGUUCCCUCCACAGAAACUGGAUACGUGAGGGGUCUUCCUCAGACGGAGGACGCCCAACCCAGUUCCACGCAGCAGAGUCAUUCUGACGUCUCCAUUUCCAAGUUCGUUCCACUAAAGGGCAUCAGCACUACGCGCAGGGCGGGGGCGGCGGCGAACUCGGCGAAUUCGGCGAACUCGGCAAGGUGCGGGGCGGAAGGUGCGGAGGGGAAAAAGGACGAGGAAAGAAGCCCCUUUGGUCAGGUCAUUACUAAUGACUUACUGCGGGAAUGGAUAGGAGAGGAGGAGCUUUCUUUGGUGAUAAGUGCUGAGUUUCGUCUGAAUACAAAGUUUUUCACUGGGGUCGAGACCAUUGGCGAUAGAAUGCCGCGUCUGCAGUCACUUAAAUUGAAUAAUUCCUAUAUACCACAGAUUCGACUGCUUGGGACAAAGCUUGUGAAUUUGAAACGACUUUGGAUUGCAAGUUCCCAGCUGGAGACCCUGAGCGGGAUUGGUACCUGUGCCCCUCUUCUAGAAGAGUUAUAUGCCCCGUUCAAUACCGUGCACGACGUCACACCCCUCUUGGACUUGAGUGAGACGCUUGAGGUGGUGGACUUGGAAGGAAAUGAUAUUCGGGAUGUUUCUUCUUUAAUCCACUCCCUGCCACUUCUGCGCAAUGUAAAAUACCUGACCCUGCAGGGAAAUCCUGUAGCUGUGGACCCCUCCACCUCGACAUCGUCGGCAUCUGCUGAAGAAAGUGCGUUCACCACACGUUCCUUUCGUGACGCUGUGCAGUCCCUUAUGCCGGAGCUUAAGUACUUGGACGACGUCGUGGUGACGCGGGCCGCGGACCCGGCGUACAAGGAAGCCCUCUCUGAUUCUAAGGGCACCAGAAAAACAGGGCGGACCUUGGCUUGCGUCGACCCACGUGAUGUGACUCUCUCUGGUGAAUAUAUGUUCCUUCAGCAAUGCAUACGUGAAUGCGGGUUUGACGAACUGGAGGCUGCUGUCGUGGAGGCCACACGAGGAGUAUACUCGCGGCCACAGACUUCUUGUGGGGAGGCGCGGCCGCGGUGUUCCGCCUCGGCAGGUUCACAGGGGUCCCAGCGACCGCGCAGCUCCUCCCACACCGUCCAGCGUUUACUGGCAGCCCCCAACUGUGGCCGCGCUUCCGCAGGUCGAUGGCCUCUAGCUGCUGGCGGUGCCAGUCAAAUUACUCCAUCGCCUCCUGCGGCAUCCUUGCGAAAUGACCGUGCAUUAGUGAGUGGGAGCAUUCGCCUUCGCAGUCGACUUCCUCCAUUGCAAACGGCAACAGGGGCAAAUUCCCGCGUGGCGAGUGGUAAUAGUUGUGGUCGCCAGAGUGGCGCCAGUGCAGGUAGUAGCAGAAGCGGUGGUGAUAACUCGUCUGGCCCAAAUGUUUCGUCUUCUCCCUCGACGGCAGCAGAGGUCUCUGCCAAAGGAGCAAGAAAAGAGGCGGAUGGACGUUGCUCGGGUAGGAACUCAGACGCCUCACCCUUGCUGCUUGCGGCUGUGGAGGAAAGCAUUGAUACCCCCCUCUUUGACGAGGCCGACGAGGAGUGGGAGGUGUACAAGAAAAACUUGUUGCGCCGCAUGGAUACCAGGAGGGCCGCUAUUCAGCGUUGGUCUAAAUACAUGAGCAGUGAGAGCGGCGUGUCGUCCCAUGGGGAACAUGACAGCGCUGGCCUCUCGGCCUUUUCACACUCUACUUCUACCCAGACAACCUCGGUGAGCAGUGGUCCUGGGUUGCUUCAGCUUCCGCAGAGGGAGCAGGCGACAGCUGUUUCAGGGGCAGCGGAGGUUUGUGGCGCAAUAACCACUAGCCAUAUACCCGAUAGACAAGUAAACGCGGCGGAAGAAGAUGCAUGGCGCGAGGAACUCGUGCGGUCUGUCGCACGAUCGCGGACAAGAACGGCUCGUGCAGCUUCAGACAAGGAGUGCCGGCGAGUUGGCGGUGACUUCGCUCUCGAGGACGGUGAACCGGCGACAGUUACAGUUGCGGAAGGUAGUGAUAAGACGCUUUAUAUUGAAUAG